CCCCGGGGGCCGGGCUGCGGCUGCGGAGCCAGCCGGGCCGCGGUAUGCCUGCAGCAUCCAGGUUGUGCGUGGCCGGCCCCUAGCACGCCUCGCCUCUGUCUCCUCCCCUCCCCGCCCAUGCGGGGGUCCCGCCGCGAGCCAACUCCGCGCACUUUGGCCCUGUUGGCAGCGAAUAAAAGGAGUCUGAGGAAAUACGGGGCACGGCCAUCCCCUGCCAGCUCAUCUAGCCUUUAAAUCCCCAGCCUUGGGAGAGCCACGCACCGGGUCCACGGACACCGAUCCAGCGCGCACCGCCCGCCACGCACCGCCACCGCCACCCCUCCGAGCGCCAACGCGGGCUCAGCCACCGGCAUCUCUCCGCUGCCCCGAACUCCGCUGCGCAGCCUCAGCCCUGGGAGAGUGACCCCAGGCAUCCGAGAGCGCAGAUGCCGGCCCACUUGCUGCAAGAGGAGAUGGCUAGCUCCUAUGCAUCCUCCUCCUCCACCACCACCACCACCAUCACCGAGCCUCCCGCCCGGGUCCUGCAGAAUGGAGAAAGCAACCCGGAGAAGAAUCUCCUGCACCCGGAGGAAGACAUCCGCCCCGAAAUGAAAGACGACAUCUUUGACCCAAGUUACAAGGAUAAGGAGGGCCCGAGGCCCAAGCUUGAGUAUGUCUGGAGGAACAUCAUCCUUAUGUCGCUGCUGCACCUGGGAGCCCUGUACGGCAUCAUCCUGAUCCCCACCUGCAAGGUCUACACCUGGCUCUGGGGGUUCGCCUACUACAUCAUCAGUGCUCUGGGUAUAACAGCGGGAGCCCAUCGCCUGUGGAGCCACCGGAGCUACAAGGCUCGGCUGCCUCUGCGGAUCUUCCUGAUCAUCGCCAACACAAUGGCAUUCCAGAAUGAUGCUUAUGAAUGGGCCCGAGAUCACCGUGUUCACCACAAGUUUUCAGAAACAGAUGCUGAUCCCCACAAUGCCCGGCGUGGCUUUUUCUUCUCCCACGUGGGUUGGCUGCUGGUGCGCAAACACCCAGCUGUCAAAGAGAAGGGUGGUUUGCUAGACUUGUCGGACUUGAAGGCUGAGAAGCUGCUGAUGUUCCAGAGGAGGCAUUACAAGCCUGCUGUCCUGCUGAUGUGCUUCAUCCUGCCCACACUUGUGCCCUGGUAUUUCUGGGGUGAAACUUUCAAACACAGCUUGUAUGUUGCCACUUUCCUGCGGUAUGCCAUUGUGCUCAAUGCCACCUGGCUGGUGAACAGCGCUGCCCACCUCUACGGAUAUCGCCCUUACGACAAGAACAUUAACCCACGGGAGAAUAUCCUGGUUUCACUGGGAGCUGUGGGUGAGGGCUUCCACAACUACCAUCACUCCUUCCCCUAUGACUACUCCACCAGUGAAUACCGCUGGCACAUCAACCUAACCACAUUCUUCAUCGAUUGCAUGGCUGCCCUCGGCCUGGCUUACGACCGGAAGAAAGUAUCCAAGGCAGCUGUCUUGGCCAAGAUUAAGAGAACUGGAGAUGGAAGCUACAAGAGUGGCUGAGUUUGGGGUCCUCCAUUUUCCUUUUCAAAAGCCAGCCAGGCAGAGUUUUAAUGUUCUUUUUAUUAACUACUGAAUAAUGCUACCAGGAUGCUAAAGAUGAUGAGGUUAACCCAUUCCAGUAUUCUUUUAAAAUUCAAAAGUAUUGAAAGCCAACAACUCUGCCUUCAUGAUGCUAAGCUGAUACUCUUCUUUCUUCUCUUUUCUUCCCUGUCUUCUAGACCCAUGGUCCUUUUCUUUGCUUUUUUCCUAUCACCUUCCUCUCUCUUCUUCCUCAUUGCCUCCCAGACAAGCAGCUGGUGAGGCAGUGGUGGGUAUCUAGCUUCUGAAGUCUAGACAACCUUUCUAUCAUCCCAAACUAAUGGUUUUGCCCCAGAUAACUCUUUUUCCUUGAGAUGUUCUAAGCUUCAAGGUAGGUGGCUCAAGCUAGAGAUUUGACAAAAUCUUCUGGGAAGACCCCUCUUAGUUAUUUUCAUUUCAGACUUUUGCUAGAUGGAAUGGAAGAACAACUUUAUUUGUCACAAAGCUUCUAAAGCAGGUAAAUUGUCAGGGGAGAGAGUUAGCAUGCAUGGUACGAUUGAUAAGUAAGGUGGGAAACAAAGCAAGAAGAAGCUCCUGAGGUGAUCAAACACACCGCUGCCUGCCCACUCGGCCAUUGAGCCCCACUGCCCAGCACGCUUCCUUUCUCUCCUGAUUGUGAGUGGGGAAUGGCCAUGGAGCUUGGCAGUGCUAGACCACAGGAGCAAAUCUUAGGUCCCAAUAGACUCUAGGAUGGAGAUAAAGAAAAAGCAUUUAGCUUGUAAUACAAAAGAUCUUCAAUGGAGGAGUUUUUUUCCCUUUAAUAACAGGAAAAUUUCUUACUUCAUAUAUCAGAAAGUCUUGAGGUUGGUUGUUUCCAGAAUUGAUGAAUCCAGCAGCUCCUGGAAUCAUCAAAAUUCUUUCAUCUUUCUAACUUUGCCAUCUGACCCUUGAGAUACUGGUCAGCUCUACUCAGUAAUGCGGUAGCUGCAGCAUAUCCAGACAUCCAAAAAAGGAAUGUAUUGGUGGUAUAAUGGUGAGCAUUCCAAAAAAGGAAGGAUUUUAGGAAGUAGGUUAAACAAAUACAUAUAUUUAUAUAUAUACAGAUAUACUUUGCUUAGAAUAUUAAUUCACUCAGAGUAUUUCCCUCUGAGAGAGGGAUGCUUGAAGAAGAGAAUAGGGGAUGGAGAGGUUGAAGAGCAGGGUCUGUGGGCAGUUCCUGAGAGAUUAUUUUACAGUAGAAGGACUUUGAGAAUGCAUUGUCUGGGGAUUUGGAUUCAGAAGCUUACUAAGUAAAUUAUUGGGUGUCGUAAUAGGAAAGCUGGUUAUCCAAACAAGUUAGUUGUUAGGUUCACUCAUUGACUCCCAUUUCUCCUCAGAAUAAGUAGAAACUAGGAGGCUUUUUGCCGUAGUGUCAGACUGUUUCACUCAUUUCUUCUGUUAACAGGUAGCCCAGUGAUUUUCAAUCUCUUUCAUCUCAUGGCACACAUACACUAAUUACUAAAAUUCUGCAGCACACCAAAAAAAAUAUUUUUGCCAAUCUAACAACAACAAAAGGUAUACUUUUGAGUGAUCCACACCAGACAGCUCUUGUCGUGUUGGCUGUUGUCAUUUUUAUAUUUGACAAUCUAAGGAAAAAGAGGUCAGUGCCCCUGACUAAACAGUCAGGUGCUGCAUGUUUUUAAAAAAAUGCUUGUGGCACAACAAUUGAAAAUCACUGAUCUAGCCAAAAUAUAGAACUGCCUGGGGGCGAGUAGAAGUCUUUUUACCCUGGUUCUUGAUUCCUGGCUCUACCCAAUCUGUCCAUUUCUCCUCCCGGUUCUACCUGUCCCCUGACGUUUUCUUGUUUUCUCUGGACAGGCAGCCUCCUCUGUGUAUUCGGAGGCAGUGCUGGCGAGUGCUGUCCAGGCAGACAGAAUGCUCAGGGUCACUGCACCACUGUUUCUCUUUAUCAAGUUGCCCUGGCUGCCACUUUCACCUGGCCUCCAGAGUCUCUCCACCUACAGUCCUAUUAUCCCCUGCCACAGUGAUGACUCAAGACAAGGCUGGCAAACCCUAGUAGGAACAUCCCUGGCUCAGGCUCUCUCUCUCUCUCCACUCUCUCUCUCAUGAGGCACAGCCAAGCCGAAUGCUUGCAUCAUGCUAGUGAGCCAGCCCUGGAGCAAAAGAGAGUUUGUUUUCCGUCUCCUCUGUCUGGGUCAGAACGAGAGAACAUACUGGACGCCCCCUGCUUGCUUAUUUACCCUGCCCAGCUUUAGUCUGUGCUCCCGGCUGACGGCAACGCCGGUAGAAGUAGGAGGGAGCCUAGCCUUCACUGGGAAGCACAAGAAACAAAGGCAAGUUCCAAAGUGCCUCGCUUGAAAGAAGGCCCUGUUCAUUCCCUGGAGCCAGGGUACACUGCAAAGCUUUGGCUGGGACUUGGGAUCUGAGAUGCCAUGAACUUUGCUGAGCGGCGUCUCUGUUCAGCAAACUAACCAGCAUUCCCUACAGCACAGCCUAGAGUAGCCAAUAGUGUAGAAGAGGUCUAAGAAAAAAAUAAAAAAUAAAAAUCAGUGUUUUGAGAACCUUGGGCCACUCCUGUCCCUGUACCCCAGUCAUCAAUGCAGAAGCCUGGGCUUUUCUUUGUCAAGAUUGAAAAUGUAUGAUACCAAAUGCUCUGUCCACUGUUGAAACCGAACGGUGGAAGGGAAGAGGGCCUUUCGUUUUGUGUUUGCUGAGUAGAUAGAGGCUACAGGGAUGAGCCUGGUCUAAAGGCAUCUUUGUCUUUUGAGCUGUUCCUCUCAGUAGAAAAGAAUCAAACGGAAGAUCACUGUAGUUUCGAUCUGUUGACCUGUGCACCUACCCCUGGGAAAUGUCUAUUGGAUAGUUUUAACGCCACAGGUCACCAGAUGCCUACUUUAUAAUUUAUGAUCAGAAACAACUUUAUCUUUCUAUUCUAAUCAUGUUCCAUGGAUCUGAUCCACACCAUGACCCUGCCUACCCAAGGCUGAUUGGAGUCCUCAGGUUGAAGGCCCUAGUGUAUAUGUGGAUGUGGGGUAGGGUUAGGAGGGGGCGGGGGAGGUCUCUGCUGAAUAAGGAACAGUUCUCAAGAUUCUCAAGCUGAAUUCAAAUAAUGCAUUAAUGAUCCAGAAACCCAGAUCUGAUCAAGUGUGAAUUUCUAACAGUCCUUGCUUUGUGGGUGUGCUGACAACUUAUUUGGGUGCCUUACGUGUUUUCUAAUCAGUGUUGCAUAUGAGCCUGCUCUCACUCCCUCCUUGCUCCUCUGUGGAGUUCCUUUGCACCUGAGAGCUUGCAGAAGUGGCUGGUGGAAAGGGGGGCUUGGCUGGGGAAUUAGCAGUACAGCUGUUCCCAGGAUUCCCUCCUGGGCUUCAUUUUGGAAACUUUUCUUAGGUCUGUGUUUAUUAAGUGCCCACAUUUGAUGGCGGGUGGAAGUAAUUGAAUGUAUUUGGUUUUUAUUUAGAUUAAAAAGAUGCUUGUAGAAUUUAAAAUGGAAACUUUUUCUCCUUGGUUUUCUAGUAUCCUGAGUGUAUUCUCUGUAAGGAUAGCUUAAAUGGGUCAGCGUGAAAGGUUAAAGAAAGCAAGAUAUCAACUUUAGCCAGGCGGUUAAGGCCAACGCCUCUCUUACCACUGUGCCACUGACUUGCUAUGUGACCCUGGGCAAGUCUCUUAACAAUAAUGUGCCUCAGUUUUCCUUCUGUUAAAAUGGGGGUAAUAAUACUGACCUACCUCAAAGGGCAGUUUUGAGGUGUGACUAAUGCUUUAUAUAAAGCAUUUUGGGACCCUUCAGCAGAGAAAUCUCUUAAGUCCUGAGUAUUUUUAUAGUUAGUAGUAUCCACCAUGAAUUUGUGUCCGCCGUGAACCAUGUGUCCCAGAUGCUAUCAUUAAUCUAUAUGGUUUUCUCUGAGAAAUUGAAUAAGUCCAUUGGAUAAGUGGUAGAUAACUAGCCAGACAAAAUUUGAGAAUGCAUAAACUCAUUGUCAUGGAAAUAGACACAGGACACCUGUUCCUUGAUUGGGUGGGAUUUUUCCUUUUUUUUUUUUUUUUUUUAAUGUGGGAUAGUAGUUAUUUGUGACCUAAGAAUAAUUUUGGAAUAAUUUCUAUUAAUAACUCUGAGGUUAGUUGUACUUAUCUAACAUUGUGUUUGUUCAUAAUAAAAGUGAAGUGAAUCUGA